AGUACUUGCUAGACCUUAAAAAUACGCCCGAUAAGCUUUGGCAAGCGACAAGUCGUGUCGACCCCCUCGGUGCCGCCGCCGAGCAGUCACCGUAUCCCCCUGGGCCCUUCCUCGCCGGUGAGGCAGCCGGGAUCGCGCCUCGACGAAAUCCUUCGAUUCCUGGAAGCGACAAAUCCCAGCCGCCUCUCUGCCUCAGGCGUGCCCGAGCCGAAGUCGAAAGCCUUCCAUUUCUAUCGGCGGAGUCGAAGUGAGGAAGAAGAGAUGCUGAAAUCCAAUCGGCGGAUCGCUCGAAGCUUUGCGAACAGAGCUUCGGCCCUGCGUUCCGAGGCGCUGGCGUGCGAUGGGAAGCCCGUCGCCUCCCUGCCUCCGCAGCAUUCGGCCCGGAGGACCUCGACGCGCUUCCUCGACAUACACCAGAUGGGAAACAAGGCGGCGAUCGAGAAAGAACGUGCCCGGCUUGCGGACGAGAUGAAUCGAGGCUAUUUUGCUGACAUGUCGGAGCUUCGGAAGCAUGGUGGUAAGAUUGCAAUGGCAAAUAAAAUCAUAAUUCCAGCAAUGGCGGCUGUAAAGUUUCCCGUCAUUGAAGUUGAUCAAUCAGAUGGACAAAGUUUCAAGCUGCCCAUCUGUUGCAGUGGCAAAAAGGUCGAUCAAAACACGCCAUCUGUCCCUAAGGCUACUUUAUUAUGUCUGUCAUUCCGAGCAAGCUCCCAGGCAAUGAUCGAUUCUUGGGGUGUGCCUUUUCGAAAUACUUUCCAUGAUAAAGAGGAUGUGCAUCUUUAUGAGGUGUCCUUCAUUGAUUCGUGGUUAUUAUGUCGGAAACCAAUUAAGCGACUGCUUCUCCGGAUUAUGAGAAACCCAAGCGAGGAUGAUCAAGGUCCACUCAGGAGGCAGAUUGUCUAUUCAUUUGGGGACCAUUACUACUUCAGGAAAGAACUCAAAAUAUUGAACCUCCUCACUGGGUACGUAUUCUUGCUCGACAAGUUUGGAAGGAUUAGAUGGCAAGGCUUUGGAACAGCAACUCCAGAGGAGUUGCCCUCCCUUCUCUCUUGCACAUCCCUCCUCCUGGAAGAGAAGUAAGGCAGCCAAAUGUUCUUUUGCUGGAUUGCAUCUUUCUUUGUGCUGAACAUCUCCCCAGACCUGUUCUCGUUGAACUUCAGUUAGAUUUACACUUGGGUGGCCGGGAAAGAGAGGAGAGAGAGAGAGAGAGAGAAGCAAAUUUUUGCGGUUAACUUACGACGACAGAUUUUUUUGGAGAUGGUUAGUGUUCUUGCAAAGAAAUAAUACCAGGUGGCGAGUGGACACGUCCAUGUCGACUGUAGAUCGCCCGCAUACUGUACUUUAACAUUAAAUCAGCAGUCGUUUGCUUCCGGAUUUUCAAACUUUAAGGACGGAAGAUAUCUUAGGCGUUCCUGCACUAAUCACAGUCUUGCUCAGGACCAAGUCUUACGGGCGGUUUGCCCAGCCACUAUAUGUAUCGAGGCGUGGGAGCUGCCUCUACCCAGGAUCACUUUUAUAGACGCGGGGGUAACCCUGGGAAUUCCCCCUUUGUCUCCCCACUUUUGGCUAUUUCGCCUGGUUUUUAAGUUGCGUCUUGCAGGCAAGGUGCUCCUACAAGAUUUGACUUAGCAGUUUAAGAUUUUGCUCAGGAUCAUUUGUACGUCUUACGGGCGAUUUGCCCAGCCACUAUAUUUAUCGAGGCGUGGGAGUUGCCUCUAUCCAGGAUCACUUUUAUAGACACGGUACCCCCUUUUGUCU